ACACCGCCAAAUAUGCCGCCGAAAAGGACGUGGUCGCAGUCGAAUGAUGGUAUAUCACCACCGCGAUCGAGGACUUCAGACCCUUCGCUGGAUAUUAACACGGCGUCUAUAUCUCGCAAAGUGAAGGCAUGCGCUGCGUGCCGAAAACAGAAGAUUAAGUGCAUUAUCGACGACCGUGGACCGCCCUGCAAGCGGUGUACAGAGCGGAACUUAUCAUGUGUGCUCAACAAGAGCCUGCAGACAUUGAUCGAAGAACGCAGCCAGUGGAGAAGCACCCUGACUGUUGACAUUGAACACGUACACGGUGCAUUACAAGAGGUUCUAUCGCGGCUAUCCCUCCCACCUCUCCCACCUCUCCAGACAACAGGCCCCACUCAAACUGAAGAGUCACCACGUGACACAGCAGACCGCGAUGACCCAGGACCUUCGUGUGACAAUUCCCCGCGGCUUUCUCCUGGGGAUGACGCUCUCCAUGUCCCGAUUGAGUCGCUUUAUCAGAUAACUCGGCUUCGAGCUUUGCGCGCCGACGACGCACCUGAACCCCCUAAAUUGUCUCCCACGCACUCUACGAACCAGCCUAUCAAUGAUUUCAUCUCACAGGGAGUUUUGAGUAUCGAAGACGCGGAGCGUCUCACAAAUGCCUACCUUCACCGUAUUGAUACUUUCAUGUACUUGAUCGGUAGGGGCCACUAUCGAGACUUGGAGAGCAUGCGACGCAGCUCAACCAUCCUUACAGCUGCCGUGUGCACAGUCGCCGCCCUGCAUGAUCCCGCGGGAAACCAUCUUUACGCAGUGUGCAGUCGAGAGUUCCGGCGCUUGGUAGCUACAUCCAUGUUCGAGCGUCGCAUCAAUAGAGACUGUUUACGGGCUAUGUGUAUUGGCGCAUACUGGCUUCAUGAUAUUUCUUGGACUCUUUCGGGUUGUGCAAUUCGUCGAGCCACGGAGGUUAACUUGGACAAGAAUUAUCACCUCGUUAUUCAAGAGAACAACGAAGAGGCCAUGGAUUGUAUGCGGAUAUGGUAUAUCUUGUACAUCUGUGAUCACCACUUGUCCAUAUUAUACGGGCGUCAAAGCGUCAUUCGUGAAGAUGCGUCGAUCUUACGAUGGGAAGAACUAUUGAAGUCCUCGGCCGUGACCGAAUCUGACCGACGCAUGAUCAGCCAGGUGGCAUUAUUGAUCAUCAUGAGUAACAUCCGUGACUUAUUCGGUCCUGACACGGGAGAGCCAAUUGCGAGAGCAUUUCUCUCGCAGAUGAUGAGUUUCAGUAGGCAGAUUGAUCAGUGGAUGGGUUAUUGGACGACUGAACUUACCAAACUAAACUGUUUUAUUGGAGAAUUUCCGACAAAAGGCGUAAUACUUCAUCAUCACUUUGCAAAGCUGCAUCUGCAUUCCCACGUGUUCCGGGGCCUCAAAGGUGCCCCUGUACCCGUGUACUUCACGGAGAAUGCCACGGCGGCCGUAGCCGCCUCUACAGCUAUCAUUGAGAUGCUUCUAAGCGAUCCUGAUAUAAGGGAAAGUCUCGUUGGCAUCCCGCACUACAUUCAUUCGAUGAUCGCUUUUGCAUGUGUCUUCUUACUCAAAGUGGCCGCUCAGCAUUCUGGUCUAUAUAUCGACAAUCUUUUCGUACUCAAUAUGACGGCCAAAGUUGUCCAAAAGCUAAGAUCCACUGCCACAAGCAAAUAUCAUCUCGUACACUUGAUGGCGGAUGGUCUAGAAAAAUUGGCAUCCAAAAUCAACAACUCGACUGUACCAGAUGUGCAGCCACCCGUACCGAAUGGAAUCUCAGUGCCGGGAAUGACACACACAAACGAGGGCCUAAUACCACCAGUCAAUGGUAGUAGCAUACUCGGAAAUGGAAUCAUGGGGUUUGAGGAGGAUUUCAAUUUGGGCACUUCACAAUUUCUUCACUUCGAUUCUGGAAACCUCGACUUUGAUUUUGGUGGACUAGGAUAA